AUCACAAACAAGCAAAAUAUAUCAUAGGCAUUAAGCAAUCAAUUGAAAACAAAAUCACCCCCACAAAUUAAUUUUCUUAGAUCAAAAUGGAUAAAAGUGAGUCAACCAAAAUUGAAAUGGGAGAGAGUAGCAAAUUAGAAAGAAAAUUAGGAAAAGCUCCACUUUUAGGAUCACCAUCUCAUGCUAUUUCAUCAAGUGUUCCUAUAGUUGCAAAUAAUAAAAGAGUUGGUAAUUACAAGAAAGGAAUUUCUAUUUUUGAUCUAAUCUUGAGAAUUGCAUCUGUUGCUACUUCUAUUGGUGCUGCUGUUGGCAUGGCAACUGCUGGAGAAACUCUUCCUUUCUUCACUCAAUUCUUUCAAUUCGAAGCUGGUUAUGACGAUCUUCCUACUUUUACGUUCUUUGUGAUAGCCAUGUCAAUAGUGGUUGCCUACCUAGUCCUCUCCAUACCAUUCUCUAUAGUGUGCAUUGCACGCUCUCAUGUCGUUGCUCCAAGAUUGCUCCUCAUUAUUUUUGACACGGUCAUUAUCACAUUGACAACAUCAGCAGCAGGGGCAUCAACAGCCAUAGUAUACUUAGCACACAAUGGUAACCAAGAUGCUAAUUGGCUUGCAUUUUGUAACCAAUUUGGUGAUUUUUGCCAAACAACUAGUGGAGCUGUUGUGGCUGCUUUUAUCACAAUUGUGCUUUUGCUUAUCUUGAUUGUGUUGUCUGCUAUUGCUCUUAAGAGACAUUAA